AUGAUUUCGAGACAAUUAAUGGGGUUGGUCCCAAAACCUGCAAUCACUGUUAGGAGAUUUUUCAAAACAACAUCUAUAAUAUUUCAAAAAUCUGCAACAACAGCACCAGAAUCUUCCACUUCGAUCCCUCAUCCACAUGUAACAUCAGCCGAUUAUAAACCACCAGUUACAAUUGAUAGAGAAUUACCUGAUCCAUUUUCUAAAAAAAAAACUAAUCGUCGUUAUUUGUUUGUUUAUGCCAUUGGGGUAACUUUAUCAUGUAUUGCUAUUUUCAAUUAUGAAAAAACCCAAUCACCAAUUAUAACUUCAUCAUUAUAUUUUUUAAGACGUUCUCAACCAUCGAUUGAACUUUUAGGUAAAGAUAUUGAUUAUAGUUCUAGUUGGCCAUGGAUUUGGGGGAAAUUGAAUACUGUUCAAGGGAUAAUAAAUAUUGAAUUUUCUGUGAAAGGUUCUAAAGGUAAUGGAGUAGUUAAAUUAAAUGCUACUAGAGAAUCUAAAGCUCAUCCUUUUGAUGUUCAUCAAUUUGUAUUAGAAGUUGAAAGAGAUGGGAAAAAGGAAGUUGUUGAUUUGACAAAGGAACCAAAUUUUGAUUUAAUGUAA